AUGAAAAAUCAAGGUUCGCCAUCGCCACACUCCACUAAUGGCCUUGAUGGAACUAGGCUAACAAAACACCAACCUGUAACUCCAUCAACAGCGUCGUCCUCGCCGGUUGAUGCUGUUGAAAAUAAGCAAUCCGUGAAGAAAGAUGAUUGUGGUUCUGAAGCUAAAACAAAGCCUUUUGAUAUUUGCACCCCGAAACAAAGUGGAGGUGCUGUUGCUUUGAAACCAUCUUUGUUUGCAAAGAACAGGGAAAAAAGGAAGGAAAUGAAUCAAAGUGGCAAAGAAAUUGUGUUCUUAAGACCUGGAAUGGUUCAUUUGAAAGGUUACAUUUCGAUAACCGAUCAAAUUAAGAUAGUGAAAGUUUGUAGGGAAUUAGGGUUAGGGGAUGGAGGGUUUUACCAACCUGGUUAUGAGGAUGGGACUAAGUUGCAUUUGAAAAUGAUGUGUCUUGGUAAAAAUUGGGAUCCUCAAACGAGUAAAUACGUAGAUCAACGACCCUCCGAUGGGUCUGUUCCGCCAAAAAUCCCUCCUGAAUUCCUGACCUUGGUUCACUCUGCAUUAGAAGAUUCACAUGCAGUCACUAAACUCUCUAACUCCAAACAGCCUUUCACGUUCUCCCCUGAUAUCUGUAUUGUCAAUUUUUACUCUCUAAACGGCCAACUUGGUCUUCAUAAGGACAAGGAUGAGAGUAAAGAGAGUCUUGAUGCAGGGUUGCCCGUGGUGUCAUUCUCUAUUGGAAACUCAGCAGAGUUUUUGUAUCGUGAUGAAAUGGAGGUUGAAGCAAAAAAAGUUGUUUUGGAAUCUGGGGAUGUUUUGAUCUUUGGUGGCAAAGCUAGAAAUGUCUUUCACGGUGUUAGUGCUAUUAAGCCAGACACUGCCCCUAGCAGCUUGAUUAACGAAACUAAUCUCCGGAAACCUGGCCGAUUGAAUCUUACUUUCAGGCAGUAUUAA